AUGUCCCAGCAAAAGUCAGCCAUCCUCUCCGUCUACGACAAGACUGGUCUUCUGGACCUGGCAAAGGGUCUUUCCAAGCACAAUGUCCGCCUGCUUGCGUCUGGUGGUACCGCGAGGAUGAUCCGGGAAGCGGGAUUCCCAGUUGAGGAUGUUUCAGCUAUUACCCACGCACCCGAGAUGCUCGGUGGCCGUGUCAAGACCCUCCACCCUGCCGUCCACGGUGGUAUUCUUGCCCGUGAUAUCGAGUCCGAUGAAAAGGAUCUGGCCGACCAGAACAUCGCCAAGGUCGACUUUGUCGUCUGCAACUUGUACCCCUUCAAGGAGACCGUCAACAAGGUCAACGUCACCAUCGAGGAGGCCGUGGAAGAGAUCGAUAUCGGAGGAGUGACUCUGCUCCGUGCCGCCGCAAAGAACCACUCGCGCGUUACUAUCCUCUCGGAUCCCGAGGAUUACCCCGAGUUCCUAAAGGAGCUUGAGGCUGGAGAAAUCACCGAGGCCAGCCGGAGGUCAUACGCCCUCAAGGCGUUUGAACACACCGCAGACUAUGAUACCGCCAUCUCGGGUUUCUUCCGCAAGCAGUACGCUGGCAACGGCGAGCAGUACCUCUCUCUCCGUUACGGAACCAACCCUCAUCAGAAGCCCGCCUCGGCCUACAUGCCUCAAGGCAAGCUUCCUUUCAAGGCUCUCAAUGGGUCCCCCGGCUACGUUAACCUUUUGGACGCCCUCAAUGCUUGGGCUCUUGUCAAGGAGCUGAAGCAGGCUCUUGGCUACCCUGCUGCUGCGAGCUUCAAGCACGUUUCUCCCGCUGGUGCUGCGGUGGGUGUUCCUCUUACUGAGAAGGAGCGCAGGGUCUACAUGGUCGACGACAUUGCCGGCAUCGAGUCCUCGGGCCUUGCUCAAGCCUACGCUCGUGCUCGUGGUGCCGACCGCAUGUCCAGCUUUGGCGACGUCCUCGCCCUUUCCGACGUUGUCGAUGUUACUACCGCCAAGAUCAUCUCCCGUGAGGUUUCUGACGGUGUUAUUGCUCCCGGUUAUGAGAAGGAGGCCCUCGAAAUUCUUUCCAAGAAGAAGGGCGGCAAGUACCUCGUUCUGCAAAUGGACGACUCUUACGUUCCUGCUGGCGAGGAGACUCGCACAGUCUACGGUGUCCAGCUCAGCCAGCACCGAAAUGACGUUGUCAUCUCCCCCCAAAAGACCUUUACCACGAUCAUUACUCCAAAGGAUCUCAAGACCCUCCCCGACUCCGCUCUAAGGGACCUCACCGUGGCCACCAUUGCCCUCAAGUACACCCAGUCGAACUCUGUGUGUUACGCGCUAAACGGCCAGGUUGUUGGUCUCGGAGCCGGCCAGCAGAGCCGUAUCCACUGCACCCGUCUGGCUGGUGACAAGACCGACAACUGGUGGAUGCGCUUCCACGACCGUGUCAUCGGCAUCAAGUGGAAGGCCGGCACCAAGCGCGCCGACAAGAGCAACGCUAUUGACCUGCUCUGCUCUGGUCAGACUCCCCGCAAUGACAUUGAAAGGGCUGAAUACGAGCGCGUCUUUGAGGAGGUUCCUGCCCCAUUCACACAGGAGGAGCGCGAGUCCUGGCUCAAGCAGCUGGGCGAGGUUGCCGUGUCGUCGGACGCUUUUUUCCCUUUCAUCGACAACGUCUUCCGCGCUGCCCGUUCGGGUGUCAAGUACAUUGCUGCUCCCAGCGGUAGCCAGAACGAUGGUCCCGUCUUUGAGACUGCUGAGAAGCUCGGUAUGGUCUUUGUAGAGCAGGGCACUCGUCUCUUCCACCACUAG